AUGGCACUUCUCAUCGACCUCCCCCCGGAGGCUCGUCUGCGCAAGGUCGGAUAUCCCUCUGAAGCCGACCUCACCGACGCCUCACUAUAUCCAUCUUGCAUGGUCCCUGAAGCUAUCACGUACGAGUUUGGCACUGCAGCUCACUUCGCAUUCCUCUUCAAGAUCUGCAAGCGCAAGUGUGAUGAGAACCCGAUCUGCAUCUUUUCCCCCGUUCGUGGUCUUCGUGCACAGACUCACGAACAGAUCUGGGGCCAUACCUUCUGUAUCGAGCUUUGCCGCCUCAUGACUCACCCAGUCUUCGAAAUGGAGGGUACCAACAACCUCACUCUCAUCCUUCAGUAUGCCGUCAUCUGCCGUACUGAUGACAGACGCCCUUGGAAGAUGCCCCCGAUCCCUGUUGGGGUUGAUCCACUCGAGCAGCUCCGCGGUGUGAUGCAGUCAUGCACCGGACCUUUGACCACCCCCAUCUCUGAGGUCUUUGCAAGCCACUGCACGAACGAGAGCCCCCCACGUUGUAUCAAGACUCGUGACAUCAACCCUGACGAACCCCUCCUUCGGGAACAGCGGGCUGCCAUCGAAGCCUACCUGACAGACCCGAGACACUUGAUCUUUGUGAUGCUCCAGCUCGCUAAAGUCGUUCAAGACUCUCCGACGGAAGGCCCUUACAUCACGAAGGAGCGCGGCUUCGAGGUUUACAGUGUGACCACGCUUGAUCUUCAGAACAUCCGCAAGGCCAUUGACGCAAUGGAGCUCCACUACAGUGAGGGGAGUGAGGCGAGCUUUUUUGAUCUUCCUAUGGAUCUCGUCUUCUCCCGCUAUGUGGCCAAAGCUCAACUUGAGGACUUAGCUCCUCAUGACCCGGAUGAACUGUCAGAUCUGAUCGUGGCAGGAUCCAUGAAGAGAGAACGGGAGAUCUUCGACACUACCCUCGGUCGCAUUCGCCAGUGA